AGGUACACCUAUCCCCAAUUUCUUCCUUUCCCAUUUAUAUAAUCACCAAUGCUGCCAUUGUUGGAGAAAAAGAUCCCUUUUUGAGCUCACCCCUCUAUUUUUCUACUCUCACUUGAACCCUCACUUUGAUUGGCCAACAAUUUCUUCUGGACUGCUGUUGAUGGUGAUGAAGACCCGUAAGUUUUGCUGCACCACUCACUUGACUGUUCUCUGUUGCUUUCUUCUGCAACCAUUUUUUGUUUGCUCCAAGAAUCAUGGAAAUGCUGCCAACGACCUUCUUGACAUAAUCAACAACAACCGAACAUCGCAGAAGCUUCCCAAGUUGAGCAGCAGUAGGGGCCUCGGGUGCAUUGCUCUGCAGUAUGCACAAGAAUGCAAGGCCAACUGCAGCAGCAACAAUACCAUCCAUUGCCAGCCGUUAGAGGAUGACUUCACCGAGGUUUUCGCUCCCAAUUGUGGUGUCGAGCUCCCCACUUUCGGAACCAUAUCCGGCCUUAUCUUGGGAUGCCACCAGAAAUAUCUUCAGCCACAGGAAGCCUUCCCAAAUGUCCUCGUUCGAGAUCAGAAAUCGCUCUCGCUGCUGAGAAACAAGACGGUCACUGAAGCUGGAGUAGGCAUAAUUGGCAGCCACAAGCAUAAGGGGCCUUACAUUUGGUGUGUUUUGUUCAGCAACAGCCCGACAAACAGUACGUUCGUUCUUGAAGAUCUCGGUGAAGGAGUCGAGCAGAAGAGAGGCUGUUACAGUGGAGCUAGCUUGCCUUGCAGUGCAGGACACACCAAUUCUGGUUUGGUUUUGAACACUUUGAAACAUUUGCUAAUAAUUUAUGCAUCCUCACUUUUUUGGUGAUGCAGAUACUGUUAUUUGAUUACUAUUUUUUGAUAUUCCAUGUUUAUUCAAGCA